AUACAGUACAUAUCUCAGUCUUAAAAGAUGACCAUACCAGUAUUGUCAUAUUCUGAAAAAAAAAUAAAUUGUUAAGAAUUACUUUUAUUUAAUCAGACACUUUAAUGUGGUCACAGGCAAGAGAAGCACUUCAGCCAGGACCUGAAGCCGUUUCCGAAGAGACAAGAAUACCCGUUUUACCUCGUCGACUUUGUUAUAUAGCCAUUUUAGACCGGCUGCUGUGGCAUCACGGAGACAACUGGGCACCACUAAUGCACUUCGGGGUAUGGCACCGUCCAGACGUAAGACAGGCAAACGGAGUUAAUUGGAUUGGGGGAUUAUCUUCAUUCAUACACAGUAUGCAGCAAUUUCCACCAAGCACGGUGUCAAAAUGAAAAUUUAUCUGAGGUGAAUUGGGAGGAAAUAGCCUUCCUGGUAUCAGCGCUUCAUAUUGGGUUUCAGCACAAGAGAAGCCCCUCCCCUCUGUCUGGGUUUGUUCUAAACCCCUCAGCUGCUACACAGAAGAAGCUCACAGUAACUCACAUACAGACAGAAAAAAGAGAGACAGAAGAUGGCUGACUCUAUUGGGCAUCAGAAACCCUCACUGGCAACAUCAGCUUCACCCAGGCUCUCGCGAAUGACAGCCAGCCUUCUCCACAUAUAGAAAAGCCCUCGCUCCCGCCCGUUAGGGCAGCCUCUUGCGCAAAUAUUGACAGAAAUAAUAGAAAAAAAUGGCAGAGAUGGAAAAAGAAGGUAGACCUCCUGAAAAUAAAAGGAGCAGAAAGCCAGCCCAUCCAGUGAAAAGAGAGAUAAACGAGGAGAUGAAGAGUUUUGCAGAAAAUACUAUGAAUGAACUGCUGGGCUGGUACGGCUAUGACAAGGUAGAGCUGAAAGAUGGGGAAGACAUUGAGAUUAGGAGCUACCCUGAUGGGGAGAGCAGGCAGCACAUCUCUGUUCUCAAAGAAAAUUCUUUGCCAAAAUCAAAAGCUGCAGAAGACCACAGCAGUUCGCCAAACAAUACAAACAGUAGUUUUUCGGGGCCAGCUGUGGGAAAUGGAGUUUCAGAUUCAUCUUCUUCAUCUUCUUCAAAGGAUCAUGGGAAUGUCCCAAUAAUUGUUCCAUUAAUCCCACCACCACUUAUAAAACCACCAGCAGAAGACACAGUCUCAAAUAUACAGAUCAUGUGUGCCUGGUGUCAGAAAGUGGGUAUCAAACGCUACUCCCUAAGCAUGGGCAGUGAGCUUAAAAGCUUCUGCAGCGAAAAAUGUUUUGCAGCAUGUCGGAGAGCCUACUUCAAGCGCAAUAAGGCUAGAGACGAAGAUGGACAAGGUGACACAUUUCCCCAGCACCACUAUUCUAAGGAAACUCCAAGGCUUGUCUUCAAGAUAAACAGCGAUGUACUUGUAUGCGAUUGGUGUAAACAUAUACGUCAUACGAAGGAGUACCUGGAUUUUGGAGCUGGAGAAAGACGUCUUCAGUUCUGCAGUGCGAAGUGUCUCAACCAAUACAAAAUGGACAUUUUCUAUAAAGAGACUCAGGCCAAUCUUCCAGCUGGCCUCUGUAAUCCUGGACAUCCUCCAAUGGAGAGUAAGCCUGAAAGUAGUGCUGUGCAAUUACUGACACCUGAAUCAUGGAACAAUCCAUUGGGAGACUUGAGAAGGAAAGCUUCAUCUCCUGGGAUGACAUUGGUUAGCCACAACCAAACACCUGGGCCCUCAGGGACUACACCAACAUCUCCCUCUGAACCUGCUGUCAUUUGUUCCUCUGCCAAAAUACCCACGCCAGGACCUAAGCCCCAUGAGAGUCCAACACUUCCGCCACCAGUACCUAUUCCUCCUCCACCAAUAGGGGUCCCACCUGGAAGUCCUCCAGUGGUUAUGACAAAUCGGGGUCCUAUGCCUUUGCCAUUCUUUAUGGAACAUCAAAUGAUGCAGCAGAUCCGUCCUCCUUUUAUCCGAGCCCCCCAUACCCCAAGUCCGAAUAGUCCUUUAUCCAAUCCCAUAAUUCCAGGAAUAGGCCCACCACCAUCUAGAAGUAUAGGCCAAACUUCAAGCCCCAUGCACAGGCCAAUGCUUUCACCACAUAUUCAUCCACCGUCUACUCCAACAAUGCCAGGAAAUCCACCUGGUUUAAUACCACCUCAUCCAGGAGCUCCAAUGCCAGGGUUACCUUUCCCACCAGUAAACAUGAUGCCAAAUGGCCACAUCCCAAUGCCACAGAUGAUGAACUUUAGUGUGCCAUCACUUGCUCCUUUGGUGCCACCCCCAACCCUAUUGGUGCCAUAUCCAGUUAUUGUCCCACUCCCAGUUCCAAUCCCUGUUCCCAUUCCCAUUCCCUUUAACUCAAAGUCCUCCAGCAGUGACGGCAUCAUUCCAAACGCAUCACCUGAAUGUGGUGAGUCCAAGGAGACCAAGUUUGUCUCGCCCGAAUCCCAUGGUGAUGAAAACUCCAAACAAGGGUCUUCAAAAUCCACUGAAUCAACUCCAGCUUUGACUGGGCAUUCUUCUAAGCAAUCAGUUCUUCAUGAAAGGAGCAGAAGUGAAGUUGUUGAUUUGACUGUCAAGCCAGAAAGUCCAAUAAAAGCCAAGCUUAGCCACAUAAAUUCUUCAGUCUUCUCACCAGAUGGUGUUAUAGAUUUAACGGUAGGUCGACGGUCUAGACUUCAACAUGUAAUCCAGAGAGCAGUGCAGAAUGUGCAAGUGAAGGAAGAAGCUGAACCCCAUAGUGUCCUCAAUCUUGCCUUUCUCGGAAGAGACAGACUGGACAGCAACUGUAUAGACAACUGCAGUCCUCUGGAAGGCAUGACACUGCCUUGCAGUGAUCCUACACUUUGUGCUGCUGCACCACAAACACAGCAGCAUAAUCAACAGCAACAAUUUAUUCUAAGCAACACAGGGACAGAGUCCAUUCCUGCAGCCAUGUGCAAUGUCAUUGUAAAUGGCACAAAGACUACUGAGGCUGCCAGUAAGAGUGUUUCUUCAGAGCAUCGUCCAGAACUUCAUAAGACAUCUCAGCACUCAGAAGAAACUACGGUCAAUGAAUUGGAGUCAGUGAAGGAAAACAACUGCACAGGGGCCUCUGGCUUUCAACUGGAGCUGGACACAGGACUAAUUAAAGACAGAGCUCCAUGAAAGGAAUAAAAAUAUAAAACAACAAAAAAUAAGCCUGCAAUGUUUAGACAACACCAGCUGCACAACACCCUCCGCUUCACUUUUCAACCAGCAGUAUAUGGAGUCUGAUGUCCCAAAUGUCUCCUACUUGUCAACUGCUUUUUGAACUGCAACAGCAGCACGAACAACAGCAAAAUGGAAAAAGAUCUGCUACAACAACAGGUGUAACACAGUAGAAGGAGGCAAAGGUCAAGUACAGGCCACAUGAAGGAUGAGAAAAAACUGCUUCCACGCUUGACUACAACACGGGACACUUCUCGCUCAUCCCUCUUCCUUUGUAUUCUUCUUUUUAAAAAUGUGCUAUUCUUUUCGAUUUCCACAGGCCUUUGGACUAAUGAAGGUACUUCCUUCUCUUGUUUAAUAGUUUAAAACCGCUGAAAUUGGUAGGAAAAGGAGUGAGAAUCAAAAUUACAAUUUCCUAUUUAAUACCUUGGAUAAUCUCUGUUGAUUUGCUGUAGGUGUGAUCACUCAGAAUAGUACAGUGAUAACUCAUGAGUUAAAUCUUGGUGGACCACUUCAAUGAAGAGACUGGACAUUUGACCAGGCUAUCUGACCACAGCAUAAAGCUAACUGGCCACUGGAAAAUAAGGGAAGGUGCAAAGAAGUUUAAAAAAGUGGUGAAAAUGCUUACCAGGGUGAAAUACUGGGUGACAAAUGAGUUGCUUUCUCUGUUGUAACUCCCUUCUUAAUAUGAGUACAUCUCCACUUUUGACUUAUGGGCUUUAUUUUGGGAUUUUUCAAGGCCUGUGUUAAUAUCCCAAAUGUUUAAAUAGAAAUAGAAAAAAUCAACAUUCUUAUGAUUACCUGCUUUCUACAGGAUAUUUAUUUCAUUUGCCUUUGAAAUAACCCUGUUCCCUUCAAUUGGCUGUAGCAGAUAAGGUAAACUGAGUGUUGGCUCAGUUUUUUUUUUUCCUCAUAAAUGAUUUCAGAAGUUCCAAAUGUAUUUUAGAAUUUUCAUUAUUUAUUUAGGACAUAUAUAAAGUAAAGAAAUAGUAAUUCAUGAUUUUAUUACAACCAUAUUAUCUCGAAAUUGUAAUAAUCAGGGCCAUUGCCUAGUCACACCUCCUGUGAGUAUGAAUAAAGAACACAUUCACAAACAUGGAUAACAUUUUAGUGAAGAUACUGCAAAAAUGCAUGUUUUACUCAUAUGCUAUUAUGUCACAAGACAUGAAUAAAGGCAUUUGUGGUGUUAAUCACAAUUGCAAAGCAUCAGUUCUUCUGCACAAUUUGGCCUAUUACAAUAAGGUCACUUUGGAAUGGUCACAGGUGACUUAAGUAAAACCCCCUUUCUCUUGAUAUUGCAAACUUCAGUGUAAAACUUGUAAAUCCUUCAUAUUUAUAAGUAAUUUCACCAGCCCGUCACAGGCUCUUAAAAUAUGCUAUUCUGCACAGAGAUGAAUAACCCAUCUACUGAUGUUUUAAUGGGUAAUGUAGACCAGAAUAAGCAUGUGUUAACGUCAUUUUACAUAAGAAUAAAGGAGUAACAGAUGCACUCUAAAGCGUUACUGAAACAUGUUCUAAAAAUCAUAAUGUUGCUAUUCUAUAUAGUAUUAAUAACACAGAAAAUCAAUAAUUAUACAGGUAUAGAUUUUUGGGGGAAAAAAAGUCAGAGCAAUGGAUACAAAAGCGGUGUUAGUGCAGGCUGUGCUGAGUGCUAUUAGGAGCCCAUAUGUCAAAAAGGGAGAGCUUCUCUGUUAAAGAGGUCUUUAAAAUAUGCACUGUGCUGUGCUCAGAAUGCACGUUGUCAGCCCCAAACAAGCAGCCCACUUGUCCAGCUUGCUAAAUUCACACUGUGCUGCAGCUCCAAUGGAUGCACUGCUAAAAUGAUGCAUACUGUAUGUUGUACUAUUAUAUAACGUAUGACAGCAUAUAUUGCUACUGAGAUCAUCUUGUCCAAUUAUACAGAUCCACUUUAUGCAUUUUUUUAGAAUUACAGGGUUUAUUUCUUUCUUUUAUGUGUUUUUUCUGUUUUGUUGCUUUGGACGGACAUUGUGCCAAGAGAACAUAGUACAUGUUUAGAAAGUUCUCAGCCUUCUUCCUUUUUUAAAUAUGUGGUCCCUCAUCCUUUUAGUACACUUUUUUAAAUUGAAAACCAAAAUUCCCUCAAGGUGUAAAAAAUCUAAAAGGAAGCUUCACUUGUUAUAAAGAAAUUAAAAUUGUUUGUUGGGGCAGCGGAUGGGGUGGACAGGUUUGGCGGUCAGAUCUGCUAAAAUUUCACACUUUUUUACUUCAAUUCUAUGAUCCAGGCAUUCAACGAGACAAUCUUUUUCAUUUGCAUAAUCCCUUUAGUUAUACCUAAAAUGGUAUAAAAAAUGAGGUCAGAGCGGGAAGGGGGUAUUGUUGAAAUUAGUCUUUAAAAAUGAAACAGCCCUAAAAUCCUUUAAAGGCAUUUUCUCUUUUUCUUGACUUGGUGAAGAUAAAAUGUGCAAUUAUUUUCUCAGAUGCUGAAUAAAGGGGAACAGGGUACUACUGAUUUUGUCUACAAUAGUUGACCUUCCCUGGGAAGGGAAGGGCAAUCUAGCAUCCAUUUAUUAAAAGGGUAAUAAUAACAGGGAUUCAGAUUCACUGGUGGCUUAAGUUACACUCACUUUGAAGAUGCUGUUACAAUUUGUCCAUCAGAGUCAUUUUCUGUAGUAGACAUCAAGCAUGCCUCCUGAACUUUAAUGGUUUCUUUUUCAUAUUUAAGAACCUUUUGCACAGGACAGAAGUAGCAGAACACAGCAAAAUGCAUGCAUAUUGUCAAUGAGUCCCAGUAACCAUCCUUUUAAUGUACUGCUGCCAGCUGAAAGGGCAGAAAGGAGGGAAGAACCCCACUAAAGGAAGACAGCAGAAAGGAAUUAUGGUCAAAAGAAGGGCCAAUAUAUUAGGGUUCAAUUACUUUUAUCUCUUCACAGCAACCUUACAUUGUUAACAUAUCUCGGAAGCUUUUACAGAGUCACAAUCAUUUCAAUCCAGUGGGCUCACAAAGUUUCUUACUGGAACAAAACUUGAUAGCCUUUUUAUUAUGCAUAAGCAAUUUCAUUUACCUAUUUAAUAAUGACCUGAAAAAAAUCUUCUUUCCAUUACUUAAUGCAGGCAAAGAUUUCAAGUACAUGUUGCCUUUUUACAGUCUACAGACCACUAGUGACUUUAGCAGAUGUAUCUGGGGUUUUUUUCUGGCUUUCUACACAUGCAUUUUGUCUCCAGCACUAUAUUUUUAGGUUGCUUCCUACCAUACUUAGCAGCACAUCAUCAAAAUGAGUCUUGAUCUCCAUUUAUCUGUUCACUUCAUGUACUCUCUUUAUCCAGUCUAGGAUUGUAGAGGCCUGAAUCUAUCCUGGCAGCACUUGGCACCAAGCAAGAACCAGUCCUGGGCAUGUUUCUAGUCCAGCACAGGGCCCAUUCACACAUCCCACUAACAUGAGGCUGAUUAAGAAUCCCCUAAUAACAAAACAAAUAUGUCUUUGAGAUGUAGCAGUAAACUGCAGUACUGUUUAGACACAGGAAAAACAUGGAAAUACCAUGCAGACAGUGACCAGGCUCAGAAUCAAACUACUACAGCAAUGGAACUAAACUGUGGGACCACACCUCUAACCACUGCGCCAUUGUGCUGCUCUUGCUCUAUCCUUCACAUGGCAUUAAUAAACUUAAGACAUACUAUCAAGAGGUGGCCACCAUUUAGCUCACAGAAAUUCUAACUGCAUUUUGAGACAGAUAAUAAUAUAUACUGUAAGAUAUAAAGAAUCACCUAUAAUGUAUUAAAUGCAGUUGAAACCUUUUUUUAAAUUUACUGUUUGCAAAAAAUAGGAAAUAUUUCUUGACUCUUGCUUUCCAUUGUAUUUUUUUGGUAUAUAUUUUGAGUUCACCUCUCAGAUCAGCACAACCUACUGCUGCAAUUGUGCAUUUUUGCUCACAUCCUUUUAGUAAAGUUGUUUGGUACAUCCAUAGUUUUUCACCCAUAUGAAUUUAAUUUUAAUAUUGAGGUAACUAAAAACAUGGGGGCCACAAUAAGAUUUAAGAAAACCCUGGUCUCCCUGUUUAUUACACAAUUGAAAGAAGGAAGAGUAACAUGCUGUGAGACACAAUACACUGUAAUACUCCAUGAAAAAGCACCCAUUGAAAAACAGGAGAUUCAGCAAAUGAAUCUGUGUUGUCAUCUUUGUCUCUUCUCUUUUCUCCUUUUCUCACCAUAAUCAGGUCUAGUCUUGCAAUCACUUAUCAGUUCCUUCAAUGUCAGGUGUCCUGGAGAAGAGAACAGACUUGCAUCUCGAUGUCCAUACAAAUGUGCCCCACCACAAAACCUCUUUGAAUACAUUAAUGCCAGCAUAUUCAGUGUCUAUUUUUCUAGGGUAUUAAUGGAAUUAUAUAAGGUGUCCAGACAAUAUGCUAUAAAAUAUUUAUAUGUCCAUGCUUUUCACUUUUACCUUAAAAUGUGAAUGACAACAGCACAUUUCACCUAACAGACUGUAAAAUUUAAUGUUAUAUGUAGCACCUGCAGCCACUGUCACAACAAAGUUCGCUUUGAUGCCAUUGAAGUAGGUGCUGCCUGAGAGUAGAAAAGGCUAGUAAGGCUAUUGGCAUCUUAAAAUGUUCUAAAACUUAGUAGUCUCUACCCAAAAGCAACAAAUAUGUAAACAUUGGCACAGUGGUUUGUAAAACACUGCAAAUCAAUAUACUUGCUUGGUCAUGGUAAACACCUAGAACUAUUGUCUAAAUCCAUUUAAUCCCAACAUAAGGCUCCUCUGGCUGGAGCCUAUUACAACAGCAUUGAGUACAAGUGAAGAGUCUGAUCGGCACAGUGUUCCAAUCCAUCACAUAUGCACAUCCUCAGCGUGAUAACAUGAAGGUGCCAAUGAAUCUGACACCUGGAAUGGAGGAGGAAAGACAAAGGAUUUGAAAAAAAAUCCACUUGGACAAAAUAAGAAUGUUCAAUCUCCUGGAGCUGUGAGGCAGCAGGCAGCACUAACCACUGUUAUUCCACAUAACCAGAAUAAUUAGAAGCAUCAGAGCAUGGUCCAAAUCUGAAAGCUUUAGUAUGAGAGAAAAGCAACAGAAGCAGGUGAAACUAACAGACUAUUGGAGACAAUAAUAAUGAAAAAACUACAAGAGCUGUAACACUGAGAGACAGGAGGUCUCCAAACCUCACCUCACGUACCCUGUAUUCAGUAUGUCAUAGCAGGGGUAAUCCAUUUAUAGCCUACCUUAAGAUUAUGUGUGGAGCAUCUCCAGGGUAUGAUGAAUCUCAAGAUAAAUCUCUAGCUGAAUUUGCUUAAUUUUGCAGACUUCAGCGUUUAUAGUCUCUUUGAUUUAUUUACAUUACAUGUUAUUCCGGUGACACCAUUUUGUGUUUUACCAUGGCUGACAUUUUUGCUACUGUCUUGGACAUGUCAUGUUGUUUAUAGUUGCUAAGCCCAUUGUCAGACAUAUAAUGUGAAGAUUAUAAAACAUAAAAUGAAAACACACAGCUACUCAUUAUCUGUGCACUGGAUUCACCAUUCUAAAAGAAUUAGUGUAGCACGAAGAACAAAUUUGUGUUAGAAAUUUUGUUGCUUUCUUCUUUGUUCUGCCUUUGAUGUCUGGUUUGGUUUGCUCCUCUUGGUACUUUGACUACUGCCUGUUAAUAUUAAUUCAUCUUUGCCCACACCAUUUGAUUCUUCCAUCUCCUGGUUUCUUUUAUUUAAAGUUAAAUUAUCUAUGCUUCUGUACUUCAUUGGUGUUCAGUACACAUAAACACAGUUUUGAGUUAAAGAGUGCCCAACAGAGUCAUGUGACCAUCUCAAAACAAUGCCAUCUAGUAGCUCCAGAAUCUAAUGCACACCAGGAAUAAGGGGGCUGACAUAAUACAGUAUAUAGGGAGCUAUCUAGUGGCUUGGGGAACUUGACAAUCUGCAGUUUAGGCAGACAGACAGACAGACAGACAGACAGACAGACAGGUAGAUAGAUAUUCUUUUGAUCCCAAGUAGAAACUGUAGUGCAGUAUCACAGCAGCUGACCCAAAAUACACUUGAAAUGAAGCGGUAAAUAAAUCACUUAAUAACUACAUCCAUCUAUUUUCACCUACCUCAAUGUAAGCCUCCUGAACCCUUAGCAGUUGGAACUUGUAGAUGGUUUCUCCUUUUCUAACAUUAUCCCUUUCUGCACCUGGUAAACCACUAUUUUAUUCAUUUUUAUUUACACAUGGUUUUGUUGAUUUUAUAACUCGUUGUAAAUGCUAUUUAAAACAGUAGUAACAAAACAUAACAUUGCCAAACCAAUUAAGCCAAAUUCAGGCUUGUGAGAAUAAAGGCUAACCCAGCAGAACUGGGUACAAAGCAGAAAACAACCCUGGAUGAGGUGCCAGCCCAUCACGGGAAUCCCAGUAAUGACUUGCAAAAAUCUGAUCACUCUCAUUAAAAGAGUGUUCAAUGUCAGCUUGCUGUCUUUACCAGUAAUGGGAGUUCUCAGUUACAAAAAUGUUGUUCUGGAAAUGUCACAACCAGGUCAGUUAUUUUCUUGUAGACAAGCAUCACUUCAGGUUGCUUUUGUAUACAAGUAUGUUGUAAUUUCACUGUGCUAAAUGAUGGAGCUCAUUCUUGGUGCACUGCAUGUCUACCACUUGAACAUAACUGUUAAAUGUGUGUAAAGAGUGCUGUUUUUUAACUUCUUUUUUGACAUUUGAUAUUGAAUUUUUUUAAGUGAAUUGCGUUGCAAUCCAGUUUGGUUUUUAAAAUAGAGGCAGUAAAUGAAGAACAUAUUCUCUAAUAAUUCUGGCCCUUUAGCUGAAUUGUCCAUCGAGACAUGUGCCCACACAAAAGAACGUCUCAUUGAUUUUGAUUCUUUUGCCUUGCACAUGCUGUGUUAAUUGCUGAAGAAAGGAAACUGUUAAGGACUUCAGCUGAAACCAUCGCAACUAAGAGGGCAAAUUAUGUUUCUGAAUCACUCACUUGAGAAUGUGACUGGUUUUCAUGUUGCUUUGAUUAAAAUUUCUGCUGCUAUAAUUAUUGUUUGCAGACUUUUCUUUUGAUAAAAUAUGGCCUUGUGUUUGGAAACAUGUUUGAAGUGUUCACUUGUUAAAGAAGGCCCAAGUAUGCCAUACAUAACAUGACCUUUGAUACAAGACAGACCACCCACCUCAAGAACUACCUCAGUUGUUUCAGGCACACGGAUACAUUAUGGCAGUUUCUGGGUGACCAUGGCUAUGAUGAAUUGUUGCAUGGGGAUGACAUUACAUUCAGUGUUUAUUACAUGUGUUUCUUUAGACCAAAAACACACUUUCUUGAUUUGGUGAUCAUGAUCUGUAACCUUCU